UGGAUCCCGAUCCUAUUAAUCUAACCUUUCAACGUUUCAAUUCUAAAGAGAAGACAGAAACACCGCGGAGGAGAAACACACAAAUUACCUCUUUUGCCUUUCAUAAUCAGAAUCAGAAGCAGAAGCCAUGGGCAUCGUCGGAAAUCUCAGUCCCGACCAACUCCACUCCUUCAACUCCCAAGGUUAUUUUGUUAUAGAAUCGUUUGCCAGUGUGGAGGACAUCGAUGCCAUGAGGAAGAGAAUGGACCAAUUGCUUCACGACUUCGACUGCUCCGCCACCGCCUCUAUUUUCUCUACCAAGAAUCAGCAACAGUCGACGGACAAUUACUUCUAUGAAAGCGCCGAGAAGAUUUCGUUUUUCUUCGAAGAGAAAGCUUUUGGGAAUGAUGGAGAGCUACAACAGCCAAAGGAACUUUCCAUUAAUAAAGUUGGCCAUGCGUUACAUGAGCUCGAUCCAGUAUUUAAAGGUUUCUCCUAUUCUGAGAAAGUUUCAAGUUUGUUCUCCUCCUUGGGUUAUAAAAGGCCCAUCAUCAUUCAGUCUAUGUACAUAUUUAAGCAACCAGGUAUUGGAGGUGAGGUAGUACCACAUCAGGAUAACUCAUUUCUUUAUACCGAACCACCAACUUGCACAGGGCUGUGGCUGGCUCUAGAAGAUGCAACAAUAACGAAUGGCUGCCUAUGGGCUAUACCUGGUUCUCAAAAGAAUGGCCUUGUCAGACGGUUCAUAAGAGGUGAAGGGGGCGUGACCUUUGAUCGUCCUUCCCCUGAGUAUGAUCAAAAGGAUUUUGUGCCUAUUGAAGUGAAAGCUGGGUCUUUAGUUGUUAUUCAUGGUGAUCUUAUUCAUCAAAGUUUUGAGAAUCAGUCCUCAAAAUCAAGGCAUGCGUAUAGCUUGCAUGUGGUGGAUACUGAUGGCUGCAAAUGGGCUCAAGAUAAUUGGAUCAGGCGAAAAGUGGAGCCAGAGCCUCUCUAUGUAUCUUCUUCGGAACUGAAAUUCGAUCUCUAGAUCUGUUAGUGUAUCUCAAUUCUCAAGCAGACCCAUCUUCUACUUUGGGAAAAUUGAGGUAUCCGCAGUGUGUAUUACAUCUACAAGGAAUUCUAAAAACGAAAGUGGAUAAAAGCUGAGCCAUUUGUUAUUUUGGAUGAAAAAAGCUUGAGCCAUUUGUCAUUGUAACUUAUAAUCUUCUCUUAGUUGGUAUUUAUAGGCAUUUACUGCGGUUUAGACUUGUUCUACCGGUGCAUAUUAUUUGUAUGAAAAUUUAGUAUCAAAACAGUACCUCCUAAAGUGAACAGAUCUCUCUGAUUAGAAAAUGCAACUUCUGAUUCUAAUUUCGUAUCC